AUGAUUAUUACCAACUUUUAACAAUUAAAUACCAUAGGAAUUACUAAUGUUUUUACUUUACAAUUCUUUCUAAGAGCCUAUAAAAUUGGUGACCAGGGAGCAGCAAUCCUAGGAUAAGAAAUAUCAAAAAGAAUUAACCUUUCAAAUUUGUCCAUGGACAUUAGUGAAAAUUGCUUAUUUGAUAUUGGUACAAAAAAUUUAGCUUUCGAAAUCUCUAAGCUGAAGAAUAUAACAACUCUUUCUUUAAAUUUAAGUUUUAACUAAAUAACUGAUAAUGGCAUCAUAGCUCUUAGUUAAUAAAUAGCAUUUUUCCCAAAAUUAAAUUCAUUAACGCUAAAUCUAAGUAGUAACACUAUUACUUAUAAUGGUGUAUUAAUGCUUGAGUAAAGUAUUUCUAAUAACUAGAAUCUUACCUUUUUAUCUUUGAACCUUGGUAAAAAUUAAAUUGGCAAAAAUGUAAGUGGAAAUUAAAAAUUUGGACAAUUCAUUGGCAAUUUAACUUGUUUGACAUAAUUUCUUGUGUAUUUGAAUUAAAAUGAUAUACAAGCUGAUUAAGCUGCUUAAUUUUGUUCUGAAAUAUCUAGAUGCCGCUCUCUCAAGACUCUAUCUUUAGAUUUAAGUGGAAAUCGCAUAGGACCUGAUGGAGCACAUAGAAUUGGAUAUGAAUUUUCUAAAAUAACAAAUCUUAAUUUUUUAAAUCUUUACUUAAGUGAUAACUAAAUAGGAACUUAAGGUGCUUAAAGGUUUGCUCCUGAAAUAGCUAAAUUAAAAAAUUUAGUCACUCUUUAGUUAGAUUUAAGUAACAAUAAAAUAGGAGAUGAUGGAACACAGGUUAUAGGAUUUGAAACAGUUAAACUUUAAAAUAUCCAUAGUCUAUCAUUAAAUUUAAUUGAAAAUUAGAUCAGUGAUCUUGGAGCUUCGAGGCUUGGACAAGAAAUUUCAAAAUGUUAAAAUCUUACUAGCUUAAAUCUUGAGCUGCAAAAAAAUAACUUUGGAGAUAUAGGGACUUAAGGUUUAAGUUAGAAGCACCUCCAAUUAAAAAAAUUAGUUUUAUAUAGUUUUAGAAAGUGA